AUGGCGGCCUUCACAGACAAGCAGCUAGAAGAAGCUAUCGACCGCGUCCUCGCAGGAGAGAAGCUCGCAGCCGUGGCCGACUCGUCACCAGUGUCGUUGUCAACACUAAAGCGCAAAGUCGCCGCGCGCAUCGAAGGUCGAUCUAUUGAGCGCCAACGGCCCGGACCUGCCCCCCUACUGCCUCCCGAGUUUGAAACCGAUCUAGUGACAUGUUAUGAAUCGUCUCCGGUUGCAGCCGUUGGCGCGCGCGGUGGUGCGUUGGCGCAUCGGAGGAGGCGUCGCAGGAGCGAAAGUGUGGACACCGCCCUGGAAGGAGGCGAAGGAAGGAGCGACGAGGACGUGAUAAGAGGACAGCAGGAGACAGGUGUUGAAGAGUUCGAGUGGUUGGCAGAGUAG